CCCCUUCCCAAAGCCACAGCCGCCGCUGUAACGGAUGCCCGGCUCAGACCGCUCCGCCUUCCCCCUCCUUUUUUUCUCCCCCCUCUCCUCCUCCCCACCACCACCACACCCUCCUGCGAGGUCGCGCGCUGGAGGCGAGCGCGCGCGCGGGCAGAGGCAGAAUCAUUCCACAGCUAUGGAGAAUGAAUCAAGCACAACAACUUCUUCUACAGGCACAACAACCAUUGCUACUACAUCUUCCCCCUCCCGUACACAACCACCCCAGAUAUCUGUCUACAGUGGCUCAGAUCGACAUGCUGUGCAGGUCAUUCAGCAGGCCUUGCAUCGUCCCCCCAGCUCAGCUGCACAAUACCUUCAGCAGAUGUAUGCAGCUCAGCAGCAGCAUCUAAUGUUACAAACUGCAGCUUUACAACAGCAACAUUUGAGCAGUACUCCGUUCCAGAGUUUGGCCAAUGUUCCACAGGCAAAUCUUUCAGGUGGGAGGCAGUGUGCUUCUCCUAAUGGCAGUGUCAGUCAGCAGUCCAGCAUGUCAGAAACCUCGAUUAAUCUUUCUGCUUCUCCUACACCUGCACAGCUAAUAAGCCGUUCACAGACCUCCAACACUAGUAGCAGCAGCCUUACGCAGCAGACCAUGUUGUUAGGCAGCACUUCUCCUAAUCUGACUGCCAGUCAGGCUCAGAUGUAUCUCCGAGCUCAGAUGCUGAUUUUUACGCCUGCUACCACUGUGGCGGCUGUCCAGUCUGACAUUCCUGUUGUGUCCUCAUCAUCUUCGUUUCCCUGUCAGUCUGCAGCUACUCAGGUCCAGAAUUUGACUUUGCGGAGUCAGAAGCUGGGUGUAUUAUCUACUUCUCAAAAUGGAACGCCCAAAAGCUCUAGUCAACCCCAGACAUUAGCUGUGUGUCCUAGCAAAUCUGUAACCGGUGCCAAAGCCAGCCAAUCGGAUCUAGAAAGCAAAAGGAAGGGAGACAGCCCAAAUGCUGAGCCUCGAAGUCCAGCUGUUACCCGUACAUCAAGUAUUCAUCAGUUAAUGGCACCAGCCUCAUAUUCUCCGAUGCAACCUCAUUCCCUGUUAAAACAUCAGCACCCCUCUCUCCACUCACCACCUUCCAAGCUCUCUCACCAUCAGCUAAUCUUUCAGCAGCAGCAAGUCCAACCAAUCACACUCCAGCUGCCUCCCAGCCACGAAGCCACUCCGUCCCAGCACUGUGCCCCACUUCAGGGCCAUCCUCUGACUCCAGAUCCCGCCAUUACCCCAUCCCAGCACUGUACUCCUGUCCAUGUCCACCCUCCUCCACUUUCUCCAACCCCAUCCCCAUCCCCACAACAAUCCGUUGUAGUAUCUCCACCGCCACCUAUUUCGCCCAGCCAGUCCCCCAGUAUAAUUAUCCACCCCCAGACUCUUAUUCAGUCCCAUCCACUGACAUCGUCGGCGCACCAGUCUGAACAUAACUCGGUGCAAGCUGACGAGAGUUCAACAGAAUCGACCUCACAGUCCGCCGCUCAUCCUCCCCAGUUGUCCCCUUCCCCGCUAGUCCAUGGGGGCCCAGCAGAUCGCCCUUCCAUGCUGUCCCCCAGCCAACAGAUGUCAUCGCCAUCAUCUCAUCAACCGUACCCAACUUUGCAGCCAGCGCCAGCUCCACUUGCAACCUCUCCACAGCUGUCAUCAACUCCAGCCCACCCUCAACAGAUGAGCCUUCCUCCUGUUCCGUCUUUGCAAGUCCAGCCUGAACUUUUGUCCCAAGAUCAGAUGUUGGUACAAAAUACCUUAGUUUCUGAAGAGGAGCUUCCCGCUGCUGAAGCUUUGGUCCAGCUGCCACUUCAGACUCUUCCGCCUCCCCAAACAGUUGCAGUAAACCUCCAAGUGCAACAAGCAGUACCUAUUGAAACCCCAGUGCUUUACCAGGAGGAAGAUAUCUGUGAAGAUGAGAUGCCUGAGGACUCAGAUGUUGCUCGUAUGGCUAGGACUCCCACCCCACCAACGCUGUCACCACCAGCUAUCACUUUAAGAAGCCGAGAAGAGCUUUCUUAUGAAGACACUUUUCCAGAACAAGAGGGACAUUCUUCAAUGGCCUCAUCAGUCAGCGCAUCUGUAAUUAAAUCACCAUCAGACCCUUCACAUGCCUCUAUUCCACAGCCACCUCUUUUGCUCCCAGCAAUUGCAACAAGGACUAACAGCGCAUCAGUGUCCAAUAGAAACCCUAGUAUAGAAAACAAACUUCCACAGGCUAUCGUUAAACCACAAAUCCUGACUCAUGUCAUUGAGGGCUUUGUGAUCCAAGAGGGUUUAGAACCAUUUCCUGUAAGUUGUUCAUCUCUUCUGAUUGACGAGCCUGCAAAAAAGAGACUCUUGUUGGAAGAACAAGUUGUGAAUGUUCUGUGUGUCGAACCAGAGCUUCAGAACAAUGCCAAACAUGCAGACAACUCCUCGGACACAGAGAUGGAGGACAUAAUUACUGAAGAGGGAUUGGAUGAGAUGGAGACAGAUCUCCUCAAGUGUGAAUUUUGUGGGAAAAUGGGGUACGCGAACAAGUUCCUGAGGUCGAAACGGUUCUGCACCAUGUCCUGCGCUAAGAGGUAUAAUGUGAGCUGUGGUAAGAAAUUUGGAUUAUACUCAUCAGACAAGAGCAGCCGUUGGAGCCGUAGUCCAGAUAACCCAGCUCUUGGGCGGCGAGGGCGGCGUCCCAGUGGCUCUGAUGGAGCUCCAAGGGAGCACUUCCUUCGACAGCUACCAAUUACUUAUCCAUCUGCAGAAGAAGACUUGGCCUCUCAAGAAGACAGCGUGCCAGUUGCCAUGACCACUCGCCUGCGAAGGCAAAGCGAGAGAGAAAGGGAGCGGGAACUUAGGGAACUGAGAAUUCGGAAAACAGUCGACAACAUGGAUUUGUCGCCAGCCAUGCCGUCGGUCCCAUCGGGCUGGACCGUUGAAGAUGUCUGGGCCUUCAUCCGUUCGUUACCUGGUUGUCAAGAUAUUGCUGAUGAAUUUCGAGCCCAAGAGAUUGAUGGGCAGGCUCUUCUCUUAUUAAAAGAGGAUCAUCUCAUGAGUGCAAUGAAUAUUAAGCUAGGACCUGCACUAAAAAUCUGUGCACGGAUCAACUCUCUGAAGGAAUUGUAGUGGAAAACCAAGGUUUAAACCACAGUUUUAAAUUGACUUGUAAAGUAAUAAGCCAACA